AUGGAUUCUGACAGACAGUCGGGAAAUACAUCUAGUGUAGGAGAACUUGUUCCAUGUGACAACAGAAAUGUAGUUGAAAAUAUUGAAUCCAAUAAAGAAAAUCAGAACCGAGGUGUACAGGGACCCAUAAAGGUUGACGGAAGUAACAAUUAUAUUUUUAAUGUUCAUAAUAGUUCUAUAACAGUUACUGGUGAUGUUGGUGGCAGAUCUAAUAACGUUGAUGAUGAUGACAGUAUCCCAUUGAAAAAAAUGAAACUUGAAUCUAUAAAUCCAUUGUCUAUAAAAAAUGCAUUUAAAAAGCGCUACAAGCAUCAACUAGUGCAACCCUUUCCUGGGCAUCCUCUGUUUAAGCAAGAACUUCAACAUAUUUUCACUGAAGUUAAUGUAAGAAAAGUUGAAAGUGUUUAUCCCGAGUUAAAAACAAGUGGUCCACUUCGUAAUCUUGAAGAACUUACGGCGACAUCUUCAGAAGAAAAUGAAGUGAUCAUUCUUGAAGGCAAGCCUGGCCAGGGGAAAACUACUAUUUGUAAAUGGCUUCUGAUUAAAUGGACGGAAGAUGAAUUACUUAAAGAUAAGAUUGUUUUAUACUUAGAUUUACAAAAACAAAAGGGUGGUAGUGUAGAGGAUUGCAUCUUUUCAUUAUUAAAAAAUUCUGGUGAGUUUGAAGACCAACAGAAACUCAUAGAAUUUCUUCAUUACCACGAAAAAAAACUAUUCAUUAUUGUUGAUGGUUUGGAUAAUUAUGAUAUUCAUGGUGAAGACUCUAUGUCAAUUGCAAAACUUUUUGAAGGUGAAAAUUUCAGUGAGUCAUCGAUAUUUGUCACAGUUUGUCCAGGGAGAAUGUUGCUGGAACUGAUGUCUAAAACUAAAAGAAAGUUCACACGAUAUUUACAUGAUGGCAUUCAUGAAGGGAAGAUAGGCGAAUAUUUAGAAAAGUAUACUAACGACAAGCAAUCUGCCUUCCUUGAUGUAUUACAUUCUGAUUCACUCAUUGAUUUAGCAUGUAAUCCUUUGCUUUGUUUGUUGAUGUUUAGCAUUUGGCGAGAUGGUUGCGAAAAUUUACUUGAAAUACACUCUGGCUUGAAUAUCUUGCACAAGUUUCUACUCAAAGAACUCGCCUGUUUUGGUGAACAUGCUGAGCAGAAACUGCAAUGUUUCGGUAAGAUUGCAUAUUCCCUUUUAGAAAAGCACACUCAAAACAUUUAUGAAAAAAUGUUGAUCGAAAAUGACUUGACUUCACAAGAUGCCAAGUCAUGUGGUUUUCUUUAUCAGGAUUCAGAAUACAUAUACAAAGAUACAAUUUUGUACUUCAGGUUUAUUCACCAGCAAAUCCAGAAUAUUUGCGCUGCAUAUCAUUUAGUGGGUUUGCCAAAUGAUGAGCUUAAAGAUUGUUGGUCUUCUCUUGGUGUCGGCCUGCAAUCCACAGAUAAUCUAAUUGCUAUGGCUGAGGCUUGGAAAGGCAACCAACAGAAGAUUGUUUCUGUGUUUGCUUCACACCUUGAGAAAAUAGUUGGGAGUGGAGCAAACGACAGUGGAAUUGACAUGAGCAUCAGUGUUAGUCCUACUUUGGAUCAGAGCAGUGAAGAAACUGAUGAUCCAAGAACCUUCCCUGCUGAGGGUAAGAGUCCGAGUAGUAAGCUACACGAACCUAUGCCAUAUUUGCCACAAACAAACACCCCUUCUUCACCCUCCUCAAGUUCUGAUAGUGUUAUUCCCUCCAAGAAACGUCGCUCUUCAAGGAAAUCUUGGAUACUGGAAACAGACUCAAGUUCCUUAUCAGACGAUGAUAAACAUGAUGCUGAUGAUGCAGCUGCUGAUGAUGAUGAUGAUAUGCUUUCAGUCAGAGAAUCACCGGACACUGAUGAUUCUCACAAUCUAUCCAUGGACUCAGAGUCAAGCAGCUCAUCUUGCAUUGAAGACGAAGUUGAGGAGGCAAAUUACUCUAACACUUCCGAUAUAUCAUCAGAUGGGAGCUCUGAUAACGCAACUAAUGAGUUAGAUAGUAGUUCACAGGAGUUAGACACCCACACAUACAGUGCACACAAUGAUUUGAAAAGCUAUAUCAAUUUGAUUCCUAGUUCCGAUGUAAAAAACAAUCAUAUCCUAGAACCCUUUCUCGAUCUUUUAGGAAAAUAUUUACCCGAUCAUUUAGCAGUGUACACUGACCUGUUUCCUUUGACAGAUGAUGUCCUUAGUGCCUUGUCUCAACUGUUUAAGUUCAAGUCAAUGAAAACUAAAACAUUUGAGGCUCAUAUCCUGGAGAGUGUUUACGUGAGUCAACACUCAGUGCAAUUCUUAGGAAAGGUCAUUGCACUUUUAUCUAAGAUGGAACAUCUGAUUGUACAUUGGAAUAUUAAUCUUGAAUUCAUUGAUAGUUUCUUAGCAUAUGCUCUGAAAGCCAAGCAAGUGAAGUCUCUGACUCUUUACCUUGAUUCUGGCUCAUUGAAGGAUAGUUUUUCCAAAGAUUCUUUUCAAAAUGCCUCAAAGUUGGAAAUAGUCAAAAUUAAACCAAAACGUAUUCACAACAUAUCUUGUCUCAUUGACGCAAUUUGUUCAGAAUCAAGUGUUUCCUCACUCGAGUUAAAUAGCAAAUACAUAGGUAGUAUUGCUCUUAACGACAUCAUCGUAGAAGUGCUUCCCCAAUCUAAUGUGUCAAGACUCACUUUGACACAUUUAAACGAAGGUCAUGCUGCCAGUCUGACAAAACGCCUGCCAGAAGGCAGAAUGGAGUUCCUUAAACAUAAUAAGCAUUGUAUUCAUUCCUAUGAUAACAUCAGAGAGGAAAUGGAAGUUGAGUAUUUUCUUAACUGCAAUGAAAAGGAAAAUGCAGAGGCAGUUCACUGCUAA